UUUCUUCGAGUGAAAACAAACUUACUCGCGAAAACUUACCACGUGCGUCACCACUAUUGGUGUUUUCGGCUCCAGUGGUCGCAAACUCUUAUAAAUCUGAUGAAGGUUUAAGAGAUAGUCUUGUGCUUUUUAGGAAGUCGUAUAAUGGUGUAAAUAAUUGCAAAAAUAUCGAUUCAAAAGUCUUCGUAUCCUUUAAACCAUGGCCUCGAUAUAGUCAAUUGAAAAACCACUUAAAAAAGACAAUCAUUUCGGCUGUUGGAAGAUUUAAAAUUGGCAAAAAUAAAACGGUACAUAUUCUUGCUUCCGAAAUAGAAUGGAAUUAUCCUGGAAAUGGAUUUCAAUCUGGCACUUCCGAAGGUUCUAUUGAAAAUCAACUAGAUGCAGUGGAGUCAAGAUAUGGAAUGAUAGAGUCAACCCCAUCAAGAAGACAACAGAAUACCGAAAGUUCUGGAUUUAAUGAUUUUGGCAAUCGACAUGAAAACGAAAAAAGACACGCGGAGAAAGACUCGGUUUUACCAAGAAGACAACAAAGUGCCGAAGGUUCUAAAUUUAACUAUUUUGACGAUCAAUUAGAAAUCAUCGAAGAGAGAUAUACGGAGAGGCAUUCAUCACCAUCAAGAAAACGACAAAGAACCAAUUUCUCCUAG